AGACUGGUUCACCUGCAUUCCUAGCUCCAGCAAGCUUCUGGCUAAACUCAUGCCUUUCCUUUAAGAAUUCAAUAUCGAACUUAGUGUCCUUGUGGUAUUACUGGUUUCCUCCCAGCAGUAACAAUUCAACAGUUCAGCAGAGCAGAAAGCAGCCUAAUCACCAUGUUUGAUCUCUCCAAUUGUUCUGCAAACUAAUUUACAGGCUGAACAAACAAGGUCAUCAAUGAAUAACCAAAAAACAAUAACCACCCCUCUACUAACAUGCAUCUUUGCACAUACAGGAUUCACUGCUAGUUUCAGCUGUUUCAAAGCACCAGUGACUCAGCAUCCAGUGUUUUUAGUGCAGUGUUGUGUCCUGUUGUCUAUAUUAGCACCUCUGACCUAAUUCAUGAAACACAGCAGGCCGUAAUUUAAGUGGUUGAGAAAGGGAGAGUGAAGGUUGAGUUGGUGGAAAUUUUUUCAACAGAGCAGUUUUCAUGCAAGAAACAUUUAAUGGGAAUGUAUCAAUUUAGUGAAAAAGUAUUUGAAAAUUUCAUUUUGACAAGGUUGAAGCGCUUCAUUUCAACUUCAAUAUAUAGUUGGUUCAAUAGUUCCAAUAUUUAUAUAUAAAUAUGGAAAUGACCCUUUUGAAGGGCUACAUAUCAAAAAGGUUAUUUCCAUAUUUCCCAAACUAUUUUUCCCCAGAAAUUUUGUUUUGUAGGAAAGUUUGAAAUUUGGACUUUUUGCUCCAAAUCGGGAUGAAAGGGAAAUUUCGGAAUGUCAGGACUCCUUGCGGAAGGGAACUUCUGAGUGUUCCCCGGGCUGUUACCGUGUUGGGUGUGGAAGGGGGACUCUGGAGAGCCGCCCUGAGGUUUCUUUAAAUUGGGCCGGGAAGCAGUAGAACAAAAGGAGAAGCCGAUCCGUGCUUCCCACCACUCUUCUCCUGCUCCUCGUGGCGUCUUGGCCAAACUCUUGAGGGUGGUGUUUUGCUUUUUAUUGCUCGCGCGCUCUCUCUGUCUGUCUGCGAAGCGGAUGCUGCUUUCCAGUCUGCUCUCUCCACCCCGUAGCCCAGGUCCUGGGCAGAGCGCCAAGUGCAGGCGCAGCGCGUUGUACAUCUCAACUGCUCCCCUCUGGUGACUGCACCUUCCAGCGCGCGCUGCAGCUGCAGCUGCAGCAGUCGGGGGAGAGGGGAGGGUGCUGUCAUCGCAACCCACCGCCAAAUAAAUCCAAGGGGGGCGGGGGAAUGGCAGCAAGAUGCAAUAUCUGCCAUAGCGCAGGCGGCGUGUGACCGCCAUGCGGGCGGCUCCGGCGGACUGACUAGCGCUCUGUUCCUGCUGCCUCCCACCCACAGCCCCUCUUCCUCUGCACGUACAGAGCGGCCCCCGGCUUGCGAGCGCACGCGAGCUGCCUUUUUUGCAAGUUGCUAAUCUUUUCCACCAAAUUUUCUUGACUGUUGGAAUUUUUCUGUGAUACUUGGGAAUAUAUUGCAGAGGUGCUCGACAUCUGCUAUUCAGUCCUGUGUUCUACACCCUUUAGCAGUUUCUUUUUUGAACAACAAACGGAGAGAACUGCUCGCGUUGCUGCUGCUGCUGCUCCAGCUGCGUGUGUGUGUGUGUAAAAAGGAUGGUGUAUCUGUAGCUGCCACGCACAAACACACAUUUGACCAUGAGGACUCUUCGCAGGUUGAAGUUCAUGAGUUCGCCCAGCCUCAGUGAUCUGGGCAAGAGAGAGCAGGCAGCCUUGGAUGAGCGGGGAACCCAGCAGCGACGGGCCUGCUCCAAUGCUACCUGGAACAGUAUCCAUAAUGGAGUAAUAGCAGUGUUCCAACGUAAAGGGCUCCCAGAUCAUGAACUUUACAACCUCAACGAAGGAGUUAGGCAACUACUGAAAACUGAGCUGGGAUCCUUUUUUACUGAAUACCUGCAGAAUCAGCUGCUUACAAAAGGCAUGGUAAUACUGAGGGACAAGAUCCGGUUUUAUGAAGGACAGAAGCUGCUGGAUUCCUUAGCUGAAACCUGGGAUUUCUUUUUCAGUGACGUUCUGCCCAUGCUUCAGGCUAUUUUCUAUCCUGUGCAGGGGAAGGAGCCCUCAGUUCGUCAGCUGGCUCUCCUGCACUUUCGGAACAUUAUAACCCUCAAUAUUAAAUUAGAAGAUGCCCUGUCGCGUUCCAGAGCCAGGGUUCCACCUUCAAUUAUUCAGAUGCUGCUAAUACUCCAGGGGGUUCACGAAUCUAAAGGAGUGACUGAAGACUAUUUGAAACUGGAAUCUCUGAUACAGAAGGUGGUUUCCCCUUACUUGGGCACAUAUGGUCUGUAUUCUAGUGAUGGACCCUUCACACACUCCUCUUGUAUUUUGGAGAAGCGGUUCUUCAGACGUUCCAAAUCAGGUGACAUCCUCGCCAAGAACCCCGUGGUGAGAUCGAAAAGCUACAAUAACCCACUGCUGACCCCAGUAGCCGAGUAUGAAACAGAGGGUAUUGCAGCCAAUGGAACUGGCAUCCGAAGGCACUCCGUUUCUGAAAUGACCUCAUGCAUGGAGCUACAAGGGUACUCCAAUCUCACAACCAUCAUGGACAAUGGUUCCAAAAGCUCUAUGACAACCACGAAGAGCUCACUCUCAGGAGAACAAGAAAGGCCUAGUGCCAGUUCAGUGCAAUGUUCCAGCAAACUCAAUGCAGUUGAGCAACAGCAAGGACUCUUUCACACCAUGGGUGAUCAAAACAAGGCUUUUGAGCUGGCCAGGGACCCUGCCUUGAUUCUAGUCCCUUCUUCCAGCCCCGAGAAUAUAGUGGACCAGAUUUUGGAGUCAAUUGACUCUGAUUCUGAAGGAAUUUUCAUAGAUUUUGGCCGAGGUUGUUCAAAUUCAUCAGCGUACAACGUGGAUGUGAGCAGACAGAGCAUCGUGUGACGGACAGGAGAAAAAUCCUUGGUUUUAUUAUUAUAUACAAGUAACUGGUAUGUUCGGCAACACAGCAGGGAAUAGAUAUACAUACAGAGCCAAAACCUCAGCAGGUGUAAAUCAUCAGUAUUAAAAAUCAGUGGAGCUAUAGUGAUUUACACCACCUGGAGAUAUGGCCUCUAAUUUUUUUUUUAAACCACCAACCUAUUUUCUUCCCAUCAUUCUGCAGUAAGAUUUCUUACUGUCUUUGUAAGAUUGUGGAUUGUUUGUUUUUUCUGAAUGGAAAAGAGUCUAAUAGAAAGCUGUUAGUGCAGCUGAAUAUGUUCAUUUACUAACAUAGUCCAUUGUAUGGCUGUGUUCACCUUUAUUUUUAGUUGUCUUGAAAGAUUCCUGUAAAAGUGCAGGUUGCUCUUUGAACAACACGAUCUUGGCUGGGAAAAAAACCUUAAAAAAAAAAAAAGAACAAACCAACAAUGAUGUGGUCAUAAAUGUAGCAGAAUACAAUGAUUUAUAGUGACACUUUUUUUUGUCCUUUUCUUGGUAUGUCUUGUAUGCACUCCUCUAACCGCAAUGAGUUAGGAUUAUUAAGAAAAAAAGUAAAAUAAACAACAAUGUGCUACAUAAUGUGAUGCAGUGCCUGGCAUCUAAUGUUUUGUUUCACAGCCAAUACAGUGUCUAGGUGAGAGAGAUGUACUAUAACUGGGUUUUAAGACUGUGUUAAUUUGCUUUUAAUGUGACACUUCCAAGAAUUUUGUGCACUGUAAACUCUUGGACAACUCUCCAUUCUAUGGUGAGGUCCCAGCAGAACACAAGUUACUUGUUUCCUGUGUAAAUAAAGUUAUGGGCUUUCAAUGGAAAUCUUAAUUAUUUAUCAGGGACCUUAAAGGAGUACUAUGCAGCAGGUGUUGUAAUUAGGUAUUGACAUGUAAAGGAUUAGCAUAUGAACCAGCAGCCCUUCUGAGUAUGCAUAGUCCAUCUCAUACCAGUAGUCCCAGGGAGUCAGUGGAGUUAAUCUGUUGAGAUGUGUACAGAUGAUUUCAGGAUCAAGCCCCCAGAACAGUGCAAAGGAGUUUGGCCACUUGACAUCCAGUAACAUUAAUGUGCACUGUGCAGUUACAUGCCAGUGCCAUCUAGGGUUUUGACCUGACGGUUUUAAAGUAAAUGUGGAGCCCAUUACAGUUGCCACAUUACAAUGAUCUGUCCUGGAGGAGUGAAGUCCUGUAAUUAACCAUAGAACAUGGUCGAUAUCCAAGCAGCAUUUGUGAAAGCUUCCCUCAGUACUUCAUCGUCAUGUCUUAGUUCUGGCUCAGGAGACACCUGCACAGUUGCUUAGUCUCUUACUACUAUGGAUGGUGUGUCAAGGCUGAGGUAUAUUUGUAGGGAGGUGCCCCAGAAGCUUGCAGUGCCACUGCCCACCCUGCUUUUUCUAUAAGUAAAAAGGACUUUUCACU